GGCAAUAUUUCGUAUCUGCUUUUCCCCCUCUAGCAAUGUAUGAAACUGAAUCUUUGCAAGGGCCUCACCACAAAGAGUCACUUCAUGGCAACGACGUAGUACAUGAUCUAUUGUCGCCUGGCUCCUCUUUCUGGCCCCUCUAACCCUCGCAUCGUGCCCUCUGACAGCUUCUGCACCAUGAAAUAUGAGCCAGACCGCCUUCGCCUCAUCUGCAGCUUUUCUGCGGAAUAAUUACUCACAAUGGCAGAACAGAAAUGUUGCUGCUGAUAUACUGAGAUCACAUAUAACAUCGAAGACACAUUCAACCCUCCUCCCUAGACGGUCACAUUCAACUCGUUUUCACUCUACCGAGGCCUCUCCCAACUCGAACGAGCAGCCUCCUUCGCUGGACGAUGGUAUUGCACCCGAGCAUGACAAGAGCAAGACGUUGGCUAGGUGGGGGAACCAGAAGCUGGCGAACAAAGAGUUCUUCACAAGCUUACUGAGCUCGGCUACAACCAAACGAGACGCAAAGGCCUUUAUCACUAGACUCAAGUCUCCAAGAAAAACUGUCGCUGUUCCCAAGAACUCUCAACAGCCUGCUCCGACAAAGAAUGAUCCUGCAGUCAAUGUUGGCAAUCUUUUCGUCCGGAACCGAGCUGUGGAAGAGAGCCCAGUCUUUACUCAGUUUGAGGAUGAGCUGUCACAACCCCUUGAAGAGCAGGAAACUCUACAUGUUGCCAUAAUCAAGCUCAGUGAUGUCAGUUCCAUGUCCGAUGGCAUCCUCGGGGGCAUUGCUCGGACCCUUGCUUCUCUGGCUCGAUUGAGCAUGGCUCCAUGUGUUGUCUUGGAAGGGUCACUUGCCAGCGAAGAGCAGGCCAGGCGAGAGGACCUUGCUCGUUCGGCGGAUCGGCUUGUAAAUGCCAUCGAACAAGUCAGUGACACCGGAGCCCGGAGGCUGGACCACUUAUUCAGUUACAGACCGGAUGGUCGGCCUGAAGUUUUCAUCCGGAAGCUGCUGACUCGUCCCCUCCGCCGAGGACGAAUACCCGUAGUGGUACCAACAGCAUACUCUGAAGUCCGUCAACAAGUCGUACCCAUCAGCGCCGAUGAGGCUCUGCUGGCGCUUGUCAGAGAACUUGCGGGUCUCAACUUCAGCCCAGGCAUUUAUGAUCCCCCUGAAGCCGCUUCACAGAAAGUGGACGCCAUUCGAAAACAGAUCUCCGUGGACAGGAUAAUUGUCGUGGACGAGAGUGGCUGCAUACCAAGCACCAAAACCCCUGACCGAAGACAUGUUUUCGUCAACCUGUUUCAGGAGUAUCCCUCGCUUCAAGAAGAAUUGAGAAGCUCCACAGACGGAAGUGUGUCAAAGAAACAUGCCUCCAACCUCAAAUUGUUCAGGGACGCACUUGGCUUAUUACCACAUUCGUCAUCAGGCUUGCUCACCACUCCAUGGGAAGCUGCAAAUACGUCUAGAGCAUCCGACGAUGUUCCCUCGAAUGUGGGCACGAGACGGCAAAAGAACCCUCUGAUCCAUAACUUGUUGACCGACAAACCUGCGUACUCGUCAUCACUCCCCUCGGGACGCUUGGCCAAUGACACACCUACAGCAUCAUCAACCACUUCGACCUUCAUCAAGCGUGGAAUGCCCUUGAAAAUCUUACCCAACCCGGCAGCUCAAGUCUGGACCGCCGCGAGUAAACCUCGACUGAAAUUGACUGACUCGAAAAUCGAUCUUGAACGGCUUACAUACCUGAUCGAUGAUUCAUUCAAUCGGACUCUUGAUGUCGAAGCAUACCUCGAGCGAGUAAAUGAUCGAAUAGCCGGUGUCAUCAUCGCGGGAGACUACGAAGGCGGCGCAAUCCUCACCUGGGAAACUCCGCCGGGUGCUUCUGACGACGACACGUCGCGAUUAGUGCCCUAUCUGGACAAGUUUGCAGUCCUCAAGAAGAGCCAAGGCGCUGGUGGAGUGGCCGAUAUCGUCUUCAACGCCAUGGUCAGGACCUGCUUUCCCAACGGCGUCUGCUGGCGGAGCCGCAAGGACAAUCCCGUCAACAAGUGGUACUUUGAGCGGUCUAGGGGGACUUGGAAAAUCCCGGGCACCAACUGGACCAUGUUUUGGACCACUCCUGGGCUAAUGGCAGACCGAAGCAGCCAGGCCUUUCUCGACUACGAGGCGGUCUGUCGCUCGAUCCAUCCUACUUGGGCUGAUGGGAAGAAACUGGUAGAUUAAAACAAGUCGAAAGGGAAUGAGGAGACGUUAUUAUGACCAUCUAUGACACAUUUGGGGGGUAUCUAGCAAAAAAAAUAUAGCAGAAAUACAGCCACAAAAUACAUUUCCAGUUCGUG